AUGGGCGACCUCGACCUCCAAGCCAUCCACGAUGAGAUGGUCUCCAUCGCCUACGCCGCCGGCGCCAUGAUGCUCGAGGCCAACCCACAAGACAUCGAUCAAGGGACAAAGCUCAACUCCGUCGACAUUGUCACAGAGACCGACCAGGCCGUUGAGAAAAUGGUCUCCUCUCGCCUCUCCGGUGCCUUUCCCAACAUUGCCUUUAUGGGCGAGGAGACAUACACACCCGGCGCACGCAUCGGUCCCGAGCCUACCUUUGUCGUGGACCCGAUCGAUGGCACGACCAACUUUAUCCACUCCUUCCCCAACGCGUGCAUCUCGCUGGGCUUGAGCGUCGAGAGGGAGCCCGUGGUGGGUGUCAUCUACAACCCCUGGCAGGACCUCCUCUUCACGGGGAUCAAAGGGCGAGGGGCGUACAUGACGAGGAUCAAGGGUUCUACGCCGCGGCAGCUGCCGUUGGCCAAGACGCCCAGGGGUCUCGACGGUCUCGACAGCGCUCUGAUUGCGGUGGAAUGGGGCUCCAGCCGCGAUGGUCCCAACUUUGACCUCAAGACCAAGGUCUUUAGCAAGCUGGCCGCCAGCAAGGAGACGGGGGGCGCCAUGUGCCACUCGCUCCGCAGCCUGGGAAGCGCGGCGCUGAACCUGGCCAGCGUGGCGGCAGGGCAGAUGGACGCCUACUGGGAAGGCGGGUGCUGGGCUUGGGAUGUCUGCGCGGGCUGGUGUAUACUCAAGGAAGCCGGGGGCAUGAUGGUCAGCGGAAACCCGGGUAACUGGGAGCCUGCGCUGGAGGAGAGGGUGUAUCUCGCCGUCAGGGGGGCGCCCACCGGGCAGAAGGAGUUUGUCGAGGAGUUUUGGGGUGUCAUGGGCGAUGGGGCGAUGGAUUACAAGGUAUAG